GGAAGUUAAUUGAAUGGGACCGUUGAACUCGCCACCGACAGCUGUUGAAUGAGAGUGACCGUAGAUCUUCUCCUUCUCUGUCCUCUCUUUCCCUUCCUUCCUUUCCACCAUUCUUCAAAGACACUACCAUUCUCACCUCAUAACACCAUUUCUCUCUGCGACCGCUCUAACUCGGCUGACUCCCCGACAUUCCCAACUCCCCAGUCCACGGACUCUAACUCCGAGAUCUCCAUCUCCUUUCAUGUUCGUUGUCAUCACCAUAAGUCAGUGCAAGAAAUGCCAAUAUUACCUAGCCUCACUUCGGUAUAAAUCAACAUAACUUGGCUCCACUUUGGUAACUCCUUCGUAUUGUCAAUCAAUCACGUAUUUAAUUUGUUAAAACUUAAAAAUGGGAGAAAAAUCUGGUUCGAAGGGAUGGUGCGGUUGGUUACUCGCUUUUCUGAUUCUUGCUCUGGUUGUGGGUGGCAUUGUAUUCACAAUCAUGAAGAAGAAAUCUGGCAACUCUGAUGGUAUUGCACCAGUUCCUGGACCCCCUGGUGCCAUUUCUAAGGACUAUGCCGACGCCCUCAAAAUCGCUAUGCAAUUCUUUGACAUACAAAAAUCUGGCGAGUUGGUAGACAAUAAGAUAUCAUGGAGGGGUGAUUCAGGUUUAAAAGAUGGAAAUGAAGCGAAAGUGGAUCUAUCAAAAGGGAUGUAUGAUGCCGGAGAUCACAUGAAGUUUGGUUUUCCAAUGGCGUUUACUGCCACUGUCUUGUCUUGGACGAUUCUUGAGUAUGGUGAUCAAAUGGAUGCAGUGGAUCAGUUGGAGCCAGCUCAAGACUCGCUCAAGUGGAUCACUGACUACCUUAUUAAUGCUCACAUUUCAGAUAAUGUCCUCAUUGUCCAGGUGGGUAAUCCUGAAGCAGAUCAUAAGUGUUGGGAAAGGCCUGAAGACAUGGUCGAGAAGAGGCCUCUCACACAGGUUAAUUCAACCAGUCCAGGCUCAGAUGUUGCAGGUGAAACUGCAGCAGCUUUGGCUUCAGCAUCUCUAGUUUUCAAGAAAAGCAACCCAACAUACUCGAGCAAUCUUCUUAAGCAUGCCAAGCAACUGUUUGCUUUUGCUGAUAAAUACAGAGGUUCUUACAGUGUAAGCAUCCCAGAGGUCCAGACAUAUUACAAUUCAACAGGAUAUGGAGAUGAGCUCUUGUGGGCAGCAAGCUGGCUCUUUCAUGCAACUGGGGACCAUUCAUACCUUGAUUAUGUGACUGGGGACAAUGGGCAAGAAUUUGCUAAUUUUGGUAGUCCGACCUGGUUUAGUUGGGAUAACAAGCUAGCAGGAGUCCAGGUUUUGUUAUCUAGGAUAAGCUUCUUUGGUGCCAAAGGUGCCUCAAACACUGGUGGCCUUCUGAAGUAUAGGCAGACUGCUGAGGCUGUUAUAUGCGGGCUCUUACCGCACUCUCCAACUGCCACUGAAAGCAGAACAAAGAGUGGUCUUAUAUGGGUCAGUGAAUGGAAUGCUCUACAGCAUCCCGUUGCUUCAGCAUUCUUGGCUGCUCUUUAUAGCGAUUACAUGCUUACUUCUAGAACAGCAAAAAUAUCCUGUAAUGGACGUUCUUUCUCACCAGCAGCUAUUCGCAAAUUUGUUAGAUCACAGGCUGAUUAUGUCCUGGGCGACAAUCCUAUGAAAAUGAGCUUUCUUGUUGGCUACGGAGACAAGUUCUCUCAAUUUGUACACCACAGAGGGGCUUCUAUUCCUGCUGAUGCAAAGACCGGAUGCACUGAUGGUUUCCAGUGGCUUGAAUCAACUAGGCCCAACCCUAAUGUAGCUGUUGGAGCACUUGUUGGUGGACCAUUUCUCAAUGAAACAUUUAUUGAUUCCAGAAACAACUCCAUGCAGACUGAGCCAAGCACAUACAACAGUGCUGUAAUUGUUGGUCUUCUAUCAAGCUUGGUCACAACCUCCUCAGCAGUUCAAUCCUUUACCUAAAGAGUUACUAAACUGUGAAACAUGCCUGUAAUAUGUGUUGUAUAUCCAUAUGCUUGACUUGUUUUGUGAGAGCUUUAGCACAAUAGUUGUUUUACAUGUGAAAUUAUGUGGUAGCUUCUUGCUUCUGCUUCUGUGAGCUCCUAUAGUCACAUGUUUUGGUAGAGGGCAGGAGUGAUUCUUUCUUAGAAGUAGUCUUAAUGUGUCUUGUCAUUAUCAGUUUUUUCUUCUUCUUCUUCUUCUUCUAUAAUCACUAUUAUAUUUGUGAUUUCUUUCUAGUAUUGUGCUUGUAAUAGCGAAUUUAUUCUAUGUAUUUUGAGCACGUACUAGUUGUAAUUCUAUAUUGUAAAAUUCUCAACAUUAUUUACAAAUUAUUCAUUAUUUAUUAA